ACGUGAUGAUUCGAUGGACUUCGCGGUCUCGUUAAUCUCAGCGAUACCAUUGUGCUACGGUCCUGCCAUUCUCGUCGCUGUCCUGGAUGCUCACGGCCAUGGCUAUAAUCUCCACAGUCACAUCUGGAAAGGCCCACCGCAUACUGCAGCCCGCCCGAGCGAGAGAAUGCAAGCUGCAAGCUGCGAAGCGUAAUACGAGGGCUCGGGAGCGUGCAGAUGGUGGAUCAGGACUCAUGGCGAAGCUGCGCUGUUCCAAUCACCCGCGCGCCGUGCCUGGUCAACCCGUCGUCGAACCUCAUCCUAUUGAGCGCCCCCCAUUUGCGGCUCUCUUGUGCUCUGGUGAGGAACCCGAACCUCCAGUCGGCUUGCGAGUGGAGGCAUGCUUGGCCGGAUGUGACCUCGACUGCUGUUCUUAGAUAUCCACAUCACACCAUGGCAUGAUUGCGGGGUGUACUUUCGAGCGAAGAGCAACUACAUCUACGGGCUUGCCAUGGGUUACUCCUGGCUUAUACAUCCCAUAGUAUAUUCCCUGGAUUCCAACCUUCUGCAUCAUGCAAACAUGGGCUUCUCCGCUUCUGUGUAAGCCACGAGUAGUGCGGCCGGCGUUGUCUAACGGUCGGUCCGCGCGCCUCGUAUUGAAGUGUGAACCCCGUCCGGUUGAUUACGUUUCGUCAUCGAGGACGACUUCGCAAGCGGGUGACAAACUGUUCUCGACGCGACGAAGACGAACAUCACCUACAACGCACGUCAUGCAGGUACACGAAAUACCUUCACACCACCACGUUCGACCUUGCAUUACUGCGACGAAAAUGGCAACCCUCCAUAGCUUUCCCCUCUUUCGAAGGGUCUCCGUCUCCACCGCAGAACGAAAUAUCACUCGUUGACGGUUG